GUAACGUUCGCACACGUCGUUCGAGUAGGUUUUCCCGUAUCGCGCGAUAAAAACGCGUCCGAUGCAGACGGGACAACUUAAAACCGGGCCCGGCUCGCUCCACUCGUGCAUUUCUCUACUGAACGGAACGCAGAGAAGAGUUGUUGAGGUCAAGAAGUUUCUGUGUGCGCGGUUUUACGAAAAGUUGUUCAACCUGAAAUCCAAGUUUGCAGACACCGAGAGAGCACAUCUUCAUCAACAUCAUCAACAUCUACUAUUGACUAGAUACAGUCGAAGAUGCGUAUCUUGAAACUGCUUCCGUUAUUCGGAUUGAUUCUGAUGACGUGUCCGAGCCAUCAGCUGGAGUUCAUCCCGCAACACCUGAAAACGAAGUACGGCGAUGCGUUGGAGGCGAUCUUCGGGAUGGGUGUGCGGCUGCAGGCUCUGCUCCAAGGACCGACGACGAACAGCUCGGAUAACUUCAUUGUGUCUCCUAUCAGCGCGGCGAUGAUCAUCGGUCAGAUGAUGCUCGGAGCUGAAGGAGAGUUCCUCAACCAUCUGCACGAACUCAUCUCGUUGCCGGGGAAGACACCAGAUCAGACUUACUUGCUGAACACGCACAAGAAGGACGGUCAGAAUGUGAGUCACAUCGUGCCUUACACGAAGCUUCACCUGCAGCUGGGAAGCCUCGUCAGGGAGUUGAAGAAGAGCUCCUUCAACCGUGCCCACACCUUGGAGAGCAGCAACGCGUUGUUCGUCAACAGAAACGUUAAAUUGUAUCCGGAAUUCAGUCACGAGAUUAGGUUACUGUAUCAGACCGAUCUUCAGCGCAUGAACUUCGAGAAAUCCAAGGAGGCCAUGGAUACUAUAAACAAGUGGGCUUCGGAUCACACCAACGGUCUGAUCAAAAACAUCCUCCCAACACCACCGAACAAACACACGGCUGCCAUCUUCAGCAACGCCGUUUACUUCCUCGCCGAAUGGGAGCAACCCUUCAGCGACGAACUCAACUCUCGCGCCACGUUCUUCGUGAACCACCAGACGAACGUCAACGUUGAAUUCAUGUCCGGAUUCCUGGAAGCAGUGCCGUACGCCGAAAGUAAAACGCUGAACUGCAAGAUGCUCGUGUUGCCGUACAAGAAUCGCGAAUUGGGAAUGUACUUCAUCCUUCCGAAUCCCGGCCACAAGAACGAGUACGAUAUUAAGAAGUUCGCGCAGGAAGCGACGGCUCCGCUCAUUCUCGAGAUGGUCGAGAAUCUGAAGAACAAGGACGCAGUCGUCAAGAUCCCCAAGAUCUCGAUGACGACCAGCUUAUCCAUCCUGGAGCCUCUGCAGAAGUACGCCUCCUUCAAGAAGGCCAACAAGGAGUACCAGAGCGCCAACGCCAAUCAAGUCAAUAUGAUCUACGACAAGAUCGAAGCGUACGAGAAUUUCAAGCCGAAAGACGUUCCCGAGAUCGUCCUCACGAAGGCGGCACGCUUCAACAGGAUGACCGUGUCGGAUAUCCUGCAGCAGAUCACCUUCUCCAUCAACGAGAAGGGCACGGAGGCGGGAGUCGUCACCUCCAGUAUAAUGGACUACAACGGAGGAUCGAAGAGUUUCCUCGCCAACAAACCGUUCAUGUUCUUCAUCCGACAUGAGGCGACAGCAGCUACGCUCUUCUGGGGAACGAUCUCCAAUCCAGUCUCCUAAACAUCACAACAAUAACAACAGACAACGCCAUCCCUCGCAACAAGCAACAAACACACAUGUACUCGCUAUUUAUUAUUUCUCCUCUUCCCCCAGCCACAACAUACACUCAUAUAGUAUUAAUUUUAUAAUAUUUAAACUAGAAUAAUAAACGAAACGUUCUAAUUUUUAAGCAAA